UUCAAACGUUGUGCACACGCGUGGUAGAUGUAGAAUUGCUUAGACAGUUAGAGAAGUCUGUUAUUCUUCUGCUAUGCAACAUGGAGAAAAUAUUUCCACCGGGUUUUUUCACUGCUUCCGUACAUUUAAUCGUUCACUUACCUUAUGAAGCAAGAGUGUGUGGAUCAGUGCAAUAUAGAUGGAUGUAUAUGUUUGAGAGGUUUCUUGGGCGCCUAAAAAAGAAAAUCACUAAUAAAGCGCACAUUGAAGCAUCCAUUUGUAGUGCGUACAUCGAUGAGGAGCUUUCAACUUUCGCAUCUUACUACUUUGAAUCAUCAAUACGUUCUAAACGUAUUAGGCCUUCUCGAAACGAUGUUGGUGCUUCAUCUUCAACAACUUCAAUGAGUUUCUCAAUUUUCAAUCAUCCCGGUCGCGCACAUGGGAAGUCUACCUUACGUUACAUUGUUGGUGAAGAAUUAAAAGUUGCAUAUACAUAUAUCUUACUAAACUGUGCAGAAGUGAGACCAUAUUAUGAGAUUUAUGCAAACUUCAUUGAAUCACAAGGCCACACGAACGUGGAUCACAUUAUCGCCAACAACUUCGCUGAAUGGUUUAGUGCUUACGUGAUGAAUCCAUAUAAUGGAGUUUCGGACCCUUUAAUAAAAGCACUGGCAUUCGGGUUAAAUGCUCGGGCUCAAUCACGUCCUGCAUACAUAGUGGGUGGCUAUACAUUCCAUACCCGAUCUUAUGGAAUUGGGAAGAAAACAUAUAAUAGUGGAGUAUGUGUCCGCUCUUCAAAUUACAAUAACUCAAGCACAGAUUGGAUCGGAACUUUAGAAGAGGUACUUGAGGUUGAACUACUUGGUCCGCUAAAACUACAAGUUGUGCUGUUCAAUUGCACAUGGGUUGAUCCUGUGCGUGGUAUGCGAGCACAUGAGAAAUAUAAUAUUGUUGAUGUGAAGCUUGAUUGUGUUUAUCGAGUUUUUGAGCCAUUUAUCUUAGCACAACAGGCAACUCAAGUGUUCUUUCUUGAAUACCCAAUGGGCCGUACCGCAUCUUUACGUGGUUGGAAAUGUGCGUGCAAAGUUAGAGCAAGGAAUGCUAUUCAAGGAGAAUGGAAGAUUGUAGAUGAUGAACCAUACCAAGCUGAAGAAACCGAACCACCUCCUACAGUUGAAAUUAUGGAGGGCUUUCUAGAGUUACAGGAUCCUGGAAUAGAGAUAAACAUUCCUUUAGUUGAAGUUCUUGAAGCUGUUCCAACUAAUGACAAUACUCAGAAUGUUACGGAAUUUGGUGAAGUAUAUGGGGACGAGGAUGAAAUAGAUACCAAUAACCAAAGUGAUCCAGAUGAUGAAGUUAGAAAUGAAGAAGACAAUAACAACUCAGAGGAAGAGGGUUAGAUGAUAUUUUUCUUUAAUUUGAUUUGAAGAUCGAAGAAUAAAUUUGUAAUUCAU